UUUUGUCUGGCAUUUAUUUCGAAAUUUUGUAAAAUUUUCAUCUCAAUAGUUUCUAAAUUUUUCGACGGUCCACAAUGUGCCAUGCAAUGCCCCAAGCCAUAUGCCAGCUCCGGAAUAUGCCGCUCUCUGGCGACAAGGAGCUGGACGAACAGAUAAAGAAGUGGGUCAAAUGGGAUCAUAACGGAGAUACGUUGGGUCAGAUCAUGGAAGCUGUCAAGAAUGAACAAUGGGAUGUACUGCGGUGUCGUCUUUGUAGACGCAUUAGCUUUGGCACCUCAGGAUUACGGGGCGUAAUGCGAGCUGGUUUCGAUUCCAUGAACGAAUUGGUCGUUAUACAAGCCGCCCAAGGACUCUGUGCCUACUUAAUGGAGCAAUAUCCGGAGGAGUCCAUGUGGCCUGAACGAGGCAUCGUCGUGGGAUUCGAUGGUCGCUACAACAGUCAGCGAUUUGCCGAGCUAACUGCCAUCGUGUUCCUAAGCAGCAAUUUCCGAGUUUAUCUCUUCGAGCGUCCAGUUCCCACUCCAUUUGUUCCAUACACAAUACAGCGACUUAAUUGUCUAGCCGGUGUCAUGGUAACUGCAUCCCACAAUCCCAAGCAGGAGAAUGGCUAUAAGAUUUAUUGGACAAAUGGUGCCCAAAUAAUUCCACCCCAUGAAGAGGGAAUCAGUCAGGCAAUACUGGACAACUUGAAGCCCAAGGAAGACUCCUGGGAUGAGACCGUACUGUGUGCCAAUGAAUUGUUGUGUGAUCCUUACAACGAUGUGGUUCCCGCUUAUUUCGAUGCCCUGAAGAAGGAGAUGACCUGCACUCUUCUCGAGGCGAAUGGCAAAUGUCAAUUGAGCUUCACCUAUACAGCCAUGCAUGGUGUUGGUUAUCCAUUUAUCCAGCUGGCCUUUGCCAAGGUCAGCCUUAAGCCAGUUAUUCCAGUGCGGGAGCAAGUUGAGCCCGAUCCGGAAUUCCCGACCACACCUAAACCCAACCCAGAAGAGGGUAAAACAGCAAUGGCGUUGUCCAUCAAAACAGCAACUUCCAAGAAAACUCCCGUCAUCUUGGCCAACGAUCCGGAUGCAGAUCGUCUGGCUGUUGCCGAGGUUGGAGAUGACAAGAAAUAUAAGCUAUUUACUGGCAAUGAACUGGGAGCUCUUCUCGGCUGGUGGGCAUUGGAGAACUAUAAGUUGAAUUCUGAAGAACCCGACGUAUCCAAAUGUGUAAUGGUUGCCAGCACGGUCAGCUCAAACAUAUUGAAGUGUAUGGCGGAUGUUGAGGGAUUCACCUUCCACGAAACGUUGACAGGAUUCAAGUGGAUCGCGAGCAAGGUGAUCGAUGAGCAGAAUGCCGGCAAGAAAGUCUUGUUUGCAUUCGAGGAAUCCAUUGGUUACAUGGUCUCCACAAAUGUGCUCGACAAGGAUGGCAUCAGUGCGGCAGCCCAUGUGGCAACUAUGGCAUGUUACCUACGCUGCAAGAAGUGCAUGUCCUUGCAGGAGAAACUACGAGAUAUCUACGAGAAAUACGGAUAUCAUGCCAGCAUCGUGUCUUAUUUCAUUUGUCGCGACAGGUCGCUGAUCAAACAGAUCUUUAAUAGACUUCGCACCUUUGAUGACGAGCAGGAGAACACGUAUCCGACUGGUAUCCUAGACGGUGAAUUUGAGAUUGAAAAUGUGCGGGAUUUGACCACAGGAUACGAUAGCAGCACACCAGACAAGAAGCCCGUACUGCCAGUUGAUGAAAACACUCAGAUGAUCACGUUUACCUUCAAGAAUGGUUUUGUAAUCACCCUUCGCACCAGCGGCACAGAGCCGAAGUUGAAGUACUACGCCGAGAUGUGCGGAAAACCGGAGGACAAACGCUGGGAUGAACUCGAGAAAACAACCCGUCGAAUGGUCGAGGCAGCUGUCAAUGAAUUCUACGAACCAGAGACAAACGGUCUGCAACGCAAGCCAGAGGACUAAAUACUUAACAAGUUUGAAAUAAAAAUGUACAACAAAUUUUUAUUAUAUCACAUUUGAAAAUUAAAUUACAAUCAUUUCUGAA